CAGUAUGUUUGUGAUAAGGUUUAAGAGCUGCAGGGGGAGGGGUUGUGCAAGCGGACCCACCAGAACUGAACUUCCUUCCUGUGCUGCUCGAACUAGAGAAGGACAUGGUUUUAUAAAUGGACGGUAUAAUGUGGAGCUUCCAGUAUCCUCGGCAAGUUUGCAUCGUCGAACACAGCCAGACAUCUUUCUUUUGACCAAUAAUCUCUUCAAUCAUCGACACCAUGAUUGCUUUCCUCAUGCGUGCGCUCCUACUUUGCGGGCUGCAGCAAACUGUGCUGUCUUUGCGCGGAUAUUGCACAGAUGAUUAUUGUUACGCUCUUUUUAAGGGACUUAAAAACUUUCAGGGAGCCCAGAAAAGCUGCCAAGAUUCCGGUGGAGAUUUGUUGUUAUUCCUCGACGCGGAAGAGCAAGGACAAUUACUAGAAGGCAUGAGCGGCAGUUUUUGGUUCGAUCCUUCUGGGACGGUCACAGGCGUCCAUAACUGCACUUCUUGCUCGGUGUCGAUGGGAGGCAACCUGAUAAUCCAAACGACCCCGUGCGGAAACAAACUCUCAGGGUACAUUUGCCAAUUUCCCAUCAAGGAGCCUUGUGGCGCAAUCUCCGUAGUAGCGGGAGACGCUCAGUUGAAAUAUUUUGCGCCAAUGAACUUUGCUGUAAACGCCACUUCACUUUAUUUCCCUGCCGGAACGACUGCCGAAGUGGAGAAGAUGGGCACCUUACAUCUGGACGCCAAGUAUUUGUGUUUUCAAUCAAUUUGGCUGCCAGCUCCGUGGAACUGCGAGGUGAUGGGAGGCGGCUGCGAAUACGGUUGCAACGCCACAUCCGGCUCCUGCGUGUGUGGGGACGGAGCACAUCUCCACGCCAACCUCAUCACCUGCGACCAUGAUCCAUGCGAUCGUUGCGCGCACCAGUGUGACAACGCCACCCAAGCGUGCAUAUGCCGUGAAGGCUUCACGCUGGCCCCAGACGAGAAAAGCUGCGUGGACGUGGACGAGUGCCAGCAAUUGGAUGCUUGCAAGUUAGAGGGUGAGGAGUGCGUGAAUUCACAUGGUGGCUUCGAGUGCAGGUGCAAAGAUGGUUUCGAGGAGGAGGACGGCGUGUGCGUGGAUGUGAGCAUCUGUGAAGAAUGUGAGCAUAUGAAUUGCAUUAAAUCGAACGGCGCGUAUGCGUGCGCGUGUCGUGAGGGGUUCAUAGUGUCCAAAGAGGACCCCACAAAGUGUCGGAUGUACUGCGACAAGCUGGACUGCCCAGCUAAUUGCAUCCCAAAUCCUACUUUGGAGGAGAAGGAUAUGCAUCAGUGUUUCUGCCCUGAAGGUUAUGUCAAAGACAUCCGCAACAGCACUGCAUACUGCACCGACAUCGAUGAGUGUGAGAUUCUUAUGCAGUGUGAACACAAUUGUGUAAACACAUUUGGGAGUUUUGUGUGUACUUGUGCAGAGGGUUUUGAGUUGUUUGAUGAAUAUAUGUGCAUCCACCCGAGCGAGGAUGGAGGGACCCCAGUGUACCCCACGGAGGCUGAGCCCCAUCCAGCCAUCGUGCCGUCUUACGUCAAAACAGGUAGCAUACUUGGCAUUACUGUGUUCCUGUUGCUUUGCCUGGGGUUGCUCUUCUUGCUGGUUAGGAACUUGUCCAAACGUUGCGGUAGUCUUGAUCUUUCUUCCCUCAAAGGGUCCGAUAUGGAUAUUUUCUACCUGCAGCAAGUCACCACAGAGACAUACAAGCGGUUAUCUUUUGAUAAGGAGUCAAAAUAUGACUCACAAAGACUUUAACCACAAUGCUGAUAAGAACCGGCACGUGCAUGGAUAAACGGCGAGGUUUUUAGUCAGGGUUCAUUAAAUGUUGAAAAUAAUUUUUAAAUUUUAGUUUUCCUUGUCACCUAAAGAUUUUGAAUUUCCGUUUUUGUUGUGAUAUAAAAUUUUGAAUUUCUUGGUGAUGAAAAAAAAACUGCAGUUGUUACACCAAAACUGAUAAAAACUCAACAUUAAGUUUGCAAACAUUCAGAUCUCAACGUUGAGAUACCAGCUUUAUUCAUCAAUAUUUUUUUUAAAAAGCAAUAAUAAUUCUUUGUCAUCAUUUAACCAGUUAAGAGUUUUGAUAUGAUGAAGCCCUCGCUGUUUCAACUGGGUUGCGUCGACUUUUCAUACACACUGAAGCUUCCAUUUACUUCUUUAGUACCAAUAAAGUUAUUGACUAUGUUGGUUGCAUUAACAGAAGUUAUGCCCCAAGUUAAAUACAAAUGCUGUUUGUUUGUUUUUUUAAAUUAUGUGGCCAAUUUUAGCAAGAGGUGCCUUUUUUUUUUUUUGCUUGAACUUUUUUUUUUCUCUGCACGUGUCUGCAACUAAGAUGUUACCAAAGCUACAUAUGCUGGAAUUUAGAUUAGCAGCCAUUGAUGCACAUAAACCAAAACACUGUUUUUUGUUCUUUUAAAAGUUAAUAUUCCUGACUAUGAAUGGUGUUGGGAAGUUUCAUUUUUAUUUGAAUGAUUACAUUUCACAGUGAUAAAGUCUCCUGAUUGUCAAAUUGAAAAAAAGUCCUGUUUUGUAUAACGGAAUAGAAAUGAAUACUUUUUUUUUUUUUUACAUCUGAUUCAUCAAUACAUUAAUUGAUUAAAUAAUGCAGCCCUAAUUCUUAGUACUUAUAUAAUAUAUUUCAUAAUAAGGUACUUCAUUCAGUUCUCUACCAAAGCUUCCGAAUUGGUACAAAACUGCUGUCGUUGUCCAACUCAAACUUUGGUGAAAUGUGCUUUUCAUUGAACAAUAUUUGGUCUGCAUUAAGAAAUUACACAAAUCCCAGAUUUAAGCUAUGUAUCACAAUUCUAAGAAAUUCAUUGUUUUUAUUCAAACAAACAAAUGAAACUACUUCCACUUUAUCAAGAAAUAAAAAAAGGGCCAUUACAAUCAGCUCAGUUUGUUGUAUGCAUGAAUUAAGUAGUUGUUGUUUUUUGUCCAUGUCUGAUGAAGUGUGGUUUUGAAGCUAAACACUGGCUGAUGCUUUAACCUGAACUUGUUUUCUAUCAUGACUUCUCUCAACAACAAUAUCAUAACACUGUCUUUAAAAACACUAAGCUAAACAUUCACUGUAAGUACACUUGUGGUCAACAUUUGAUUUCUGCAAACUCAAGUGGAUGUUUUAAUGCUGACCUUUGUGUAAAAUAAUUUGCAACAUUGAAAUUGCAAUAAUAAACUCAGUGUUAACUUAAUUGAUACCUCUCUGAAAAUGUAAAUAUGUGUUUGCGAUUAGCUAGGGUGUCAUUUGAUUGUCAAAAUGUACUUACUGUAGAAGCUGAGUGCAUAAUUAUAUUAUAAGUUGAUAGAUAUUCCAUGCCAACAUUUUAGAUGAAAAUAUGCAUGUGUUCAGAACAUUACUGUCAAAAACACCUUGAAUGUAAAACUGCUGCUAUAUGAGCUACAUAAUUGCUAACGUGAAAGAAUAAGAAUAAUGCCACCUCAUCAUUAUGUGCCCAAAUUCAACUGUAUAACACAUGUGCCUUUUCUCCGACAUUAAAUGUUGAAUUUAUGACUGACUGACUGACUGACUGUUAAGGAACAUCUCAUUUGAUUGAAAUCCAUUUGAGUUUCCACAAAAGAAACAUGUUAAAUGGAUGUCAACGUAUUGAUAUGUUUUAUGUGGUUGUACUUUGUACUAACACAGGACUGCUUAUUAUGUAGUUAUAACAUCCUGACAGUAUUUCUUUUCUACCAUUGUGAUGCAAUACAGUUCUAUCCACUUUACUGUACAACAAUAGUAAUGCAAUUAAAUUGAUAAUUCUAUGACAGUG